AGUUAAAAUGAAGUUCGUAGUGGCAUUUUUAUUGUUAAACGUUUAUGCGUUGGCUGAACCUUUGUAUACCGAACCUUUGGAAGUCGGAAACGUCAUCAUUGAAAAAAUUCCUGGAGGUUUAUCCGGUUCCGGUACCACUACACGUUAUUGGGAUUGUUGCAAACCAACUUGUUCGUGGCCUGGAAAUGUAAAUUACAAAACCCCAGUUAAAUCCUGUCAGGCUGAUGGUAUUACCGCAAUCGACCCUGAAACACAAUCGGGAUGUGUGGGCGGAGCUGCUUAUGUCUGUACUAACCAAGCGCAACGUUCGGUGAAUGACUCUAUCGCUUUAGGUUUUGUAGCUGCUAAAUUCAUAAACACCAAGCGGAACAUGUGCUGUUCUUGUAUUGUUUUCAGAUUCAAACCAGCAGAACUUGCUCACAAACAAAUGGUCUUACAAGUUACUAAUACUGGAAAUGACGACCCAUCUGCAACUCACAACGAGUUCGAUAUUGCAAUGCCAGGAAGUGGAGUUGGGUAUUACACUCAGGGAUGUUCCUCCCAAUGGAACGCUGAUGUUUCCAAAUGGGGAGAUCAAUAUGGUGGUGUCCACAAUAUACAAGAGUGUCACAAUCUUCCCGCUCACUUGCAACCAGGGUGUGAAUUUAGAUUCAAUUGGAUGAACGGGUACUCGAAUCCCGAUGUUACCUUUGAUGAAGUCGUAUGUCCCAAAAGAUUAACCGAUAUUAGUGGCUGUUAUCCCGCAUCUCAUCCUUAGAUAGUGAAAAUAUCGAAAAUAAAAAUAAAGACAACUAGUAUUUUAUAUUCAACUACAGGCUAUACCAGAUGUGUCUAAACUGUCAUCCCUUGUGAACUACUACUUGUUCUGUAAAAUGUACUUAGUCCGUAUCGGCUAUGAAUAUCGAAAAACAAAUUUUAUGAUAAAAUGCAUUAGGCUUUCACGGCCAUCAUCUAACUUAUUAGGAUGUUUGUUCGAGCUGUUAGGCUGUUGUCUUCGCUGUUGUUAGGCUGUUGUCUUCUGAUAUGUAGAACGUCGAGAACUAAUCUCAGAAGACAACGGCCCAACAGCCCGAACAAACAGCCUAAUCAUGAUGUUUAAUUUUUUUUAUAGAUACUUUAAUAAAAUAAACGC